ACUGGACCCUUUCUGUCAGUAGCGUGCGGUGGGCCGUUGCUCGUUGAUUUUCUUGCCCAUCUCCAUUCCAUCUAUCUUCCUUUAAAUUUACGAGCUUCUACUAACAUCCUGCAAGCUAAUUAAGCAAUCUCUUUCAGCAAGCUCAACAUGGCGAUGAUCUUGGAUGCUUUUAUGAGCAAAUUCUCUUCUUUGCUCGCUGAUCUUGUCUAUGAAGAGGUGAUAAUGCUGCUAGGUGUGAAGGAUGAGCUUCAAACGCUAGGUCGUCGGAUGACGAGAAUCCAAUACCUACUGAAAGAUGCUGAAAAGAAAAAGUUUGACGAGUCAUCCAUCGAACUCUGGCUUUCUGAGCUUAAGGAUGUGAUGUACGAUGCCGAAGAAAUCAUUGACCUCUGCAGAAUUGAGGGCACUCAGAUGCUCGCUGAUCAAAAUCCUGAAUCCAGAACUUCUUCGGUACGUUGCGAUUUCUCAUCUGUCUUCUCCUGUUUCACUAGUGUUCCUUUGCGUCAUGAGAUUGGAAACAAAAUUAAGGAUAUUAAUGAAAGACUCAAGGAGAUAUAUGAAGAUAGAGAACGUUAUAAACUAGAGAAGUCCACAAUAUCUGAAACCCCACAAAUUACUCUAAUUGAUUCUCGUCAAACUUCUUCCAUGAAUGAUCCUUUUGUCGUGGGAAGAGAGGUCGAGAUUGCAGCAAAUAGUUUGGUUGAUCGUUUGCUUGGGGAGAAGGUCAAUGAAAAAUGUAGUCUUUUUGCAAUUACUGGCAUGGGUGGGAUAGGGAAAACGACUCUGGCUCAAAAAAUUUUUAACCAUCCGAAAAUUAAGACCUAUUUCAAUUUAGAUCCUGUAUGGGUUUGUGUUUCACAGACUUACUCAAAAAUUGAGUUGUUGAAGCAAGUAAUAAGAGGGGCUAAGAAGAACAAUGGGGAUGCUAAUACUAUAUCAGAGCUGCAAAUCAUUCUCAGUGAUUCUAUAGCUUCGGGACAAAGCUUUUUUCUUGUUUUAGAUGAUGUGUGGAAGAAGGACGUGUGGGUUGAUUUGUUUAGAAUCCCGUUGUGCAAAUCUAAUGCCAGUGUCAGAAUUUUAAUCACCACUAGAGAUCAAAAUGUUGCAAAGGAGAUGCAGGCAGCGUACACUCAUUCCGUGACGCAUCUUUCUGAAGAGAGCAGUUGGGAUAUGCUUCGUAGGAGACUUUUUUCAGAGGAAGAAGAGGAGCUAGCAAAUGGCUUGAAGGAGGUAGGAUUAAAGAUAGUAAACAAAUGUAAAGGCCUACCUCUUGCAAUCAAUGUAAUUAUCGGUGUUCUUUUGACAAAACCACGAAGUAAGAAAGCGUGGGAAGCUUUUCUUAGAAAUGAUGCGUGGUCUGUUAGCCAGUUUCCUGAGGAGCUUCGAGGAGCCCUAUACCUUAGUUUUGAAGAUCUACCUUCACAUCUAAAGCAAUGUUUUCUAUACUUCUCUUUAUAUCCUGAGGAUGCCUGUUUUGAUUUGCAUGAGUUCAUUCAACUUUGGGUGGCUGAAGGAUUUAUAACAAAGAAACAAGAUUCAUUAAUGGAAGAUUUAGCAGAAGAAUGCUUCAAUGAGUUAUUUAAUCGGAAUCUUUUGCUGCCAACAGAUUCUUCAAAUAAGUACAAAAUGCAUGAUCUUAUCAGAUCUCUAGCUAUUUUUUUGUCUAAAGGAGAAGCUUCUUUCGGAGCUUCUAACGUGAGGAAUUCCACCAAGCUUCGUCGACUGUCAGUUGCAAAUCAAGAAGCUACAAUUGAAAUACUCAAUUCUGUUGCAGAUCAGGGAACCCUUAGGACAUUGCUUGCUUCAUCUUCUGAUCUGUUGUUAGAUGAUGAAAGAUUGAGCCGGCUUUUGCAUCUACGUGUCUUGGACAUUUCCAGAACAAAAAUUCAAGAACUUCCUGACUCUAUAGGAAAGUUAGUGCAUUUGAGGUAUCUUAAUUUAAACGGUUCAAAUAUAAUGACAAUACCCAAAUCCAUAGGGCAUUUUACAAACCUACAAUUCUUGGAUAUUUCCUAUACACAAAUUCAAGUACUUCCCGACUCUAUAGGAAACCUAAUGCAUUUGAGGUAUCUUAAUUUGAAUGUUACAAAUAUAACGAUAAUACAAGAAUCUAUAGGGCAGUUAACAAACUUAGAAAUCUUGUACAUAAGUACUUGCAAAAAUUUGGAACAACUUCCUAGUGGAAUCACUCUGUUACACAAUCUUAAAUGCCUUGAUAUUGUUGAGACACCUAUUAGUUUCAUACCAAAAGGAAUAGAAAAUUUGCAACAACUUGAUUAUUUGAGUGGUUUUGUAGUGACCAACAAUGAAUCUAACUGUAGCAAAUUGGAAGACUUGAAUUCUCUGAAACGGAUAAGAACACUCCACAUUAACAUUAAGAACAUGAAGAGAAUCCAAAGUGAAACAAUAGCUCUUAAAGUACUACCUAACCUUUCUACUUUGACGUUGAAGUUCUUUGUGGACUAUUCAAGUCCCAGCGAGGAACAAGAGCUGGCAAUAGAGGAGUUGUUCGACAAGAUAAUACCUCCAGAAAGCCUAGAAAAUUUCAAUAUAGAUGAAUUCUUCGGCCGCCGUUUCCCCAAUUGGAUGGUCUCAUCAUCUUUUGAAAUUUUCCUUUCAAAUUUGACUAAAUUGGUAUUCAGGGACAUAAAAUCUUGCACUCAGCUCCCACCAUUAGGUCAGCUACCUGAACUUAAAGAGCUUUCUAUUAUAGGUGCGACUAAAAUAAAGAAAAUUGGGCCAGAAUUUCUUAGUAGUGAUAUCAAUUCAACCCAGAUUGCUUUCCCCAAGCUUGAACGGCUUCAAAUCUUGAACUUUCCUGAGUUGGAAGAUUGGUCUUUUGGCACAGAAGUUGAGCAAAAUAUAUCUCCAAGACUCAAGUUGCUUCCAUAUUUACAGAAACUAACAAUCCAGAAUUGCCCGUUGUUGAAACAACUACCAGAAGGUUUAAAGUACUUUCCUAUUACGGAUCUCUGCAUACAUGAAGUCAGAAGACUAAAAUCACUUGAUAAUCUCUCUACUGAAAUUAAAAACCUACAAUUAUUUAUGUGUGAAAAUUUGGAAAAGGUCUGUUGUGCACCUACGAUAAAGGUGUUUAGCGUUUCUAACUGCGAAGCUUUAUCUUGCGUGGAGAAGCUUGAUUCAUUGCAAACAUUAUUUUUCACUGGAUUUAAAGACAGUCUUCCAGAUUGGCUAUUGAAGCUUCUGCAACAACGGAGGUUGCAAAAUGAUUCUAAUGAUGACUUCUACCUUGAGUUGAAGUGCGGGAUGACGGUUUUUCGAGAAUGCUUAAAAGGAGGUUCUUAUUGGGACCUAAUUCAACACAUUCAAAAAGUAAAUGUCACUUGUUACAAAUACGGUUAUCUUCAAUAUAGUAAACAACCCUAUGUUUACAAUACAAAUUGGUAAUUAAUUCAGACGUUAUUUUGGAGGUUUGUUAAGGAUUAUUAAGUUAUUGUGGUGUGUACAUGCGUUGUUUGUAUUUUAGUGAGCGCGUGCUUCUUUGUAUAACUUAUACAUGUAUUGUGUUGUAGUACUUACUAUUUGUAUGCUUUGCUUAAUUUGUGUGGGACAUCCUUCUUCAUGAUUGGAUUGCUUUUUGUUAUUGAUUUAAUGUGAUUAUUAUGUGAGAAAAAAAAUAUUUGUAAGUUUUUUCAAAGAAUAAUAAAGUUUGCUUGUAUUAUAUGCA